AUGAGGCAGCUGAUCACGGCCACGCACGCCACAUCUCUGUCUUCUCCGCACCCCACUGUGGUCACUCCCCCCGCCGUCGCUCCCCCGAGCUCCCGCCCGGUCGUCAUCCUCCCAGUUAAGCGCAUCAGCUCUCUCUCUCCCCCUUCUUCUUCUCGAAAGCUCUGCUCUGCAAGCGGAGGGUUUGCCUCGCAUCGCAUCCGCUUCCUUUCUACGACUCUCACAUUUGUACGCGCAUGUUCUGUGCCUGGUUGCUCCUUUCUUCGCAGGGCCUGGGGAACAACACCGUGGACUACGAGGGCCUGGCGGCGGCCCUGAAGAGCCGGGGCGUCCCCUCGGUGGUGGUCGCCAGGGUCUCGCGCCUCGACUGGCUGAGGAACGCCGCGGGGCUCCUCGACCCCAACUACUGGAGAGGAACGCUCUGCCCCCGCCCGGUGCUCGACUGGUACCUACAGCGGGUCGAUUCCGCCACCUCCGAAGCCAGGCAGCUCUCCAGAGGUGCGUCUCAGGAAAGAAUUAUCGCUCCUGCUGUUACUACCCAUCCAUCCUAAUCAAUCUCGCCUCUUCUCUGCAGAUGGCGAUUUCUCCCUGAUUGGGCAUUCGGCUGGAGGAUGGCUCGCGCGCCUCUACAUGGAAGAAUUCGGCUGCUCCGACGCUUCCCUGCUCCUGACUCUGGGAACCCCUCACUUGUACGGUCUCCUUCCCCAUGUCCUCCUCUCCUGCUCUGCAAAUCUUAGACCCUCCUUCCUCCCCAGAGCUGAUACAUUUCAGCUGCGGCCCGAUUCACUGAUCCUUGCGUCUGAUUGCAGGCCGCCGCCAAAGGGACUGCCGGGGAUCGUCGAUCAGACGCGGGGCCUCUUGGACUACGUCGAACGGAACUGCCCCCCGGCCGUGUACUCGCCGGAGCGGAAGUAUGUAUGCAUCGCGGGAAGGUAAGCCGGCCGGAAAUCUCCAUUCCUUCUUGUGUUCUUGCCUAGCUGGAGUCCCCCACCGGACGAACAUGCCCGAGAAGUUCGCCGGCAGCUAUCCCAAAUUAUGUUUCUGUUGUUCCGUUCCCCACAGGUACAUCAAGGGGGUUUCUCUGAUCGGGAGUUCGAGCUCGAGUGAAGGCCCAGAAGAGGAGACUCCCGACGGCGCGGGCAAUGGCAGUGAGACGGGCUCGCCCGGCAUGAACGGCCGCCCGCCGCCGCCUGCUGCGUCCACCCUCAGCGCUCGCUUCGUUGGUCAGGGCUACAAGCAGGUAAACCCCGCUCCACUAAAUCCUCCAAAGAGGUCCUCCCCCACCAGUGACCCCUUAAAACACCUUCAGGGGUCCUUCACCUCAUCAAACUCACAAGCCCCCGUUGGCCUUCCUGAGUUCAGUCAGGUCUCGGCUGUGCUCGGGCAAUGACAUGCGACUUGUUCAGUUCACGCUUCUCCUCUGCGUGCGUUGACACUGUGGGAUCACUGCUCUCAUAUGCAGGUCUGCGGGCGUGCUGACGUUUGGGGGGACGGAGUGGUACCGGAGAUUUCGGCUCACCUGGACGGCGCGCUGAACAUCAGCCUGGACGGAGUGUACCACUCCCCCUUCGGUUCCGACGAGACCCGCCGGCCUUGGUACGGCACACCGGCCGUCCUGGACCAGUGGUUCCACCAUCUCCUCGUUUAG